UUAAAUAUUUCCGCAAAAGGAUACAAGUGGCUUUAUUCUCUAAUUUGUAUUUGUCAUAAUGGAUGGUGAACUUGCUAAUGUUGCUGUUGGCCUCGGCGUGUCUGCUGCACUUUACUGGUUAUCUCACAAAUUAUAUGAAAGCAAUUACGCAACAGCUAAGGAAAUCCAGUCUACUGAAGUUUUUGCUGUUGGUGAAGACCUAUUUCGUCGGCUAAAGGAAGUGGACGGUAACUCUAUUGCCUAUGCUACCGUUGAAGGUGUUGUCUAUCCAACCUACCAGAAUCAGAUACUGCAGAGUAAACACAGCCCACUAGACGGGGUUAUCAGGCAUUGGCUGGUUGUGGAACACAAGUCAAAGAAGGAGAAGGAAAAAUGGCAUGAUGGACAGCAAAUUGUUACUGACACGCUUCAGAGUGUACCAUUUGUACUUGCCAAUCCCGUUAACUCUGAACAGAAAGUUCAUAUCACCAAAGCCUUGGCAGCUAAUUUCAUAUUAGAUACGUUGACUAUAACAUUUAACCAGUAUAACCCACAGCACCCCAAUUUAAUUCUAGCUGAUAUUGCACGUGCUGUUGGCGAGUACACUAAAGGAUUUCAAGAAAGAGAAAAAAUGCUUUUGGUUGGUACAAAUCUUGUUGGAAUUGGAAAAGUGUGCCUUGAGAACAGUCAAGUGAAGCUAGUUCCCCCUUCCCAAGGCCGCUACAUUUUGUCCAGACUGAAUCGAAAUGGAAUCAUUGCAGUAUAUGAAUCCAGGUGGUUUAUUUAUGAGGUCAUCGCCAUCAUUUUCGGAUUAAUAAGCACAAGGCUAGCAUUUUGUCUUGUUUGCAAACUUGUAAAAAGGUUCAUUCAACGCAUUAAAGGCAAACGGAAAAGAAAAAAAUCCGACGAAAUUCGAGCGACUACUCGUGCUACGCCUGUGAGUGAUGCUGCCGAAGCUGAUCCCUCCACGUGUGUCAUCUGUGUGAGUCGCCCCACGGACGUCGUGGUGUUGGACUGCGGCCACGUGUGUAUGUGCUCGCAGUGUGCUCGGAUUCUACCAGAGCCAAAGCUGUGUCCAAUGUGUAGAGCUCUUGUCAAACGCUUUGUUCCACUGUACAGAUCCUAGAUAGCAGUAUACAGUUAGAUCCACUGUGUAUCCCUUCGUUAAAGAAAUGUUCUUCUUGUUGUUUUUUUACAUACUGUAACUGAUAUUGUUACUUUAUUUACGUGUCUAUAUCCAAAAGAGGUCCAGGCACGUCCACCCCACGUACGAUCUCCCGCAAGUCCCAGUGGCUGGGCAUCGGUCAAAAGGUGUUUUUAAUUUAUAGCAACAAUUUUGACUUUAUACCAAAAUGGAAGGGCUUGAUUUAGAUGGCGUGUCCAAAAAAUAUAAAUUUUAGACGGGCAGUCCAAAAGACAAACUAUUUAAUCUAAAUAUUUAAUUAUAUAUUUUUAGGCCCAGGAGGAUUAGGCGGAGAGAGUUGGGCCUUAAGCCACGGAAAGGUUAUUAAAUUAUUUAUUUGAGGGUAAAGCCGGUCCCAUCGAAGGCAUCAGUGUGGAGGAUGGGAAGGGGAGGGGGAGGGAGAGGCUAGUUGAUCCAAGCUAUCCUGCGGCCGAAACCACCUACGCCUAACUCCCCCUAUUACCAGCCUCCUCCAUACCACACCCACCUUCCAACCGUUAUGGAUAAAAAGAAGAGAUUGACUCGGGGAAGGUUCAAGAUUCGUCUGAAAGUUGCAGAUAUCAAUGAUCUUUGUGCUGGUUUGCAAGUAAAUGUUCUCAGGAACUGUGGGUUAGAUGUGGUGUUGCAGAGGCAUAAGAAUAUCUACCACAGGCAUCGUUAGUUUUGGAGAAGUUGAAUCUUUUUUUUUUAAAAAGCAUUACUCUAUAUAACUAUAGAAAACUACCCCCACCCCCACCCCAGGAACAAAGGCGGGCCCAACAUUAAUGACCUUGAUAAAUUAGAUAAACCAUUUGUUGACCUUUACAUAUAUGAAGACUAUUCCGUUACAGCAUUUUUGGAAGUAGAUGAUUUCUAUUUGUUUUUUUAAAUUGGCUCAAUAUUUUUCUUUUGGUUUCUGCUCUCAGGCCCCAGGGGUGGGGGUCAGAACGACCAAAUUCACAAAUUGGUUUCUCAGUGUGACAAAGAACCUUCCCACAAAAUGUGGUUAGAAUUAGUUCAGUAGUCUUUGAGAAGAAGUCCAAAAUGUACGACGAAAACGAAUCAGAAUAAAAACAUUAUUAUUA